AUGGAGCGGCCUUUUUCAACCUCCAAAGUCACUGUCGAGUACUUCGACCCUCAUGAUGUCUAUAAGCUCGUGGCCCCGGGCCUCGUCCCUCGAUUACCCCUGCGCAACCUGCACUGGCAGUCCCACGCCGGCCCUCUGCGAUCCAUCGACACCCUUCACGUAGAGCUCACGUCCGCCGACGGAGACUCCGCUGCGCCGUCCUCGCCCACCGUCCCUCCCUCGCUGCGUCGCUCCGUCAGUGCCAGCACAAAAGAUGACGGCUUCCAGACACAGUCAAUUGGAGGCAAGAGCGCGUCGUCCGAUACCACCGACGCCCCGACGGUAGCUGCGCGCCAGCCCGGCAAGGAACGACGCCAUCAGAUUCCGGGUCUGAGACGGACACCUUACCUUAAGGUCUUGCUCGUUCGAUGCGACGACAGCGACACGUACAAGUCUCAGACGAGAGCCGAGAUCAGAGAGUGGAUCAAGAAGAACACGCCCCCUUCGCAGUCGACCCGAAAGCUGAAUACCCAAGAGAACCACGACGCCUUCGAGUUCCUCAUUGUCCACGUCGUCAUACCCAACACCUUUGCUGCAAACCAGCCCAGGGUCAGUGGCAAGGGUCCUGAUGCCACCGAAAAGUCGAGGACGUCGAGAUGGGGCUCUGGCUCCUCAACACUCCUGGAGAAGCUCCGGUCCGACUUCAACAGUUCCAGCAAGGGCGCUGUUGACCGCGUUGCCCAGAUCCGCAUUGGCAUUAAUGAUGUGCCCUAUGAUGUCCUUCCCCGUGUGGUACCCGCUACUCCUACCGGCUACACCGAGUCGCGUCAGGACGCCGAAAAUGCCUGGGAAGAUUUGAUUGGCAAGUUCAAGGAACUGAUUCUGUCGUCUUUUGACAUGAGGGUAUCUCAAUACGAGGAGGACAUCAAAGAGAAAGACGCCCAGCGCGUUCUCCCAGGCUGGAACUUCUGCACCUUCUUCAUACUCAAGGAGGGCCUGGCGCGUGGGUUUGAGAGCGUAGGCUUAGUCGAGGAUGCUCUCGUCGGCUACGAUGAGCUCAGUGUUGGUCUCGACACCGUUAUCCAGGAGCAGGCGACAUCCGGGGACCCCCAAACGCACGGUGGCUCGCUCCUGAGCCACACCAAGGAUCUGGUUAAGCGCGCCGAAGCCGCUAUAGCCCAGCUGGGUGCCGAUGACGGCUCCAUAGAAGAUGAGCAGCCGGUUGACUUGCAGGCGACCGAAAUCCCGCCAACCGACAAGUUUGACGACAUUCCCAUCAGUUCCACGAAGAAGCCAUAUCGCGAGAUGAUCGUUGGCAACAACGUUUCGGUCUAUGACUUCCGCUGUUACAUUUUUGCGAGACAGAUCUCUCUGCUGCUUCGCCUCGGCAACGCCUGGUCCACCAGAGAGGAGCUCCUGGCAAAGCUUAGGGAACAACAGGAAUCGGUUCUUCACGGCGUUGCCCCGCGAGCACCACCUCCCAAGCAGACGGAUGAGGCCGAGAAUUUGUCAAUGCUGGCCGAGAUCUGCCGUAGAACAUUGGAAUUCGUUCCUGCCGUUUCGCAAGUGAUGAGAGCUGACAUCUUGGCGGCACUGAAGAACAAGCUGACGGAAGAGGACUCUCCCAUCCUAAACCCCGUUCUGGCUGAGGCCAUCGACAACCUUGUCGCAUCCUUCGCCUUCUCGGUCGCGCAGCAGAUCCUUGCUCAGACUUCCACAAAAGCACUCCCUAUCCCGCCAUCCACCCUGACCCCCACCGAUGGCCACGAACCCAAGUCUUCGAUCCCAGAGCUCAAGACGAUGAUGCAUCCGGCUCGGAACUCUUCUCUGCGUGUGGGGACAAACGCAACCACAAGACAGCCGCCGAGCCCCGGCAUAUUCCCUGGCGCAACAACAUCCAAUGGCGAAAUCUCAACAGCACCGAGCGCUCACUUUUUCAAGGCUGGCCUGGAAGAACUAGCUGCGCGUCGUGCCGAGCUAUACGCCCUUUCCAGGAAUGUACUCCAGGGCAGCGGGAAGAAGCGUGGCUGGGAUAUUGGAUGGACCUCGGCGCCGGUUCUCGGGGAGAUGGAUGGCAACGAGUUCGAGGACGUGAAGCUUGAUGGUGAUGACAAUGAGCAGUCAAGCCCGGACAACUCGGAGCCAAUCUGUAUAGGGUCAGCCGGCAUCGAAAAUGGCCUCUUGCACGCCGCUCUUGACAAUCGAGAUGACUUCUACCGCCUUUACGAGACCCUUACCGACAAGGCUUUGCGCCAUUACACCGUUGCAAACCACAGUCAUGCCGUCAAAACAAGCAUGGCCGACUUGGCCGUGCUGAACUACCACCUCGGCGAGUAUGGGCCCGCGGCAUCGUUCUUUUACAUGACCACACCAUUUUUUGGCGAGAACAGCUGGAGUCUGUUGGAGCUGUCGAUGCUCGUAAUGUACUCGAAAUGUCUCAAGGAGCUUCAGAGGAAGGACGAGUUCGUUCGCGUAGGACUGAAGCUUCUGACAAAAGCAGCCGCCGCCGAAAACGAGAAGCUGCAGCGCAAAAAGACAUUAUCUCUAGGAACUACUUCGGAGGUUCAAUACCCCGACAAGAGCGCCAUUCUUGGCUUUCUCGACGAAGUGUUGAGCGUGGCCAAUACGCUCUCCAAUGAAGUGAGAGUCCCUCUAGGUCAUCUCUUCACCCAAGUUGAAGUGAUUGGUUCUCCCGAAUACCACACCGGAAAGGACUGCUUCUCUCUUACCAUCAAGCUGCGCAGUCUGCUCAUGGACGACCUCAGCUUAGAGAAGGCCGCUAUUCGUCUUUCUAGAACUACAUCUGGGGGCACAAAGGAGGUCUGGUUGCACACCUCGGAGGCGAACAUCCUGAAGCCCGGUGUCAACAAGCUCCGUCUCACCAGCACUACAAAUGUAUUCGGGCAUUACAGAAUCGACCGAGCAGAUUUGAUAUGUAGCAAGGUCGAUCUGCACUGGGAGCGAGACGUGAACCAGACACCGAGCAAGACAGCCCACAUCUUCCGCUUGCCGGACCUGGAGCUUUAUCGCCCAGCAGGCGGUUUGAGCUGUCGACUUACGGCAGCCAGGGAUAUUCAGCUGGAUAAGAACAAUUCAGUCGACCUGGAGUUAUCAACAGGCUGGAAUUCCAUAAAGUCUUGUGAGCUCACCGUGAAGCCGUCGACUGGUGGUCUGAGAAUCAUCUCGACUGAGGCGGAAUUCCUCGGACCCGAAUUCGAGUAUGAGAGGCCCUUGGAAGCAGGUCUCUUCCGCUUCGGGGCCAUUAACGCGUCAUCUACCAUGAAGAUGCGCUUUCCUUAUACAAUCGAGCAAGAUGUCCCUAACAUCUCGGCCAGAGUCGAAAUGUCUUACACGACAGAAGACGGCACGUAUCACUACUCCAGCAUUUUCUCUGUUCCUGUCGCCCUUGCCUUAGGCGUCAACGUACAGGAUGUUUUCAAACACAACGCACUAUUUUCCCGCUUCAGCAUCUCGACCGCCUCGCUGAGCCCACUGAGGUUGUUCAAGACCGCGCUCCUUGACUCGGACGUCUUUGCCGCUCAUUCUGCGCCUUCGUCAGACAAGCCAGUCCUGAUUUUCCCGAGGCAGCCUGCCAGUUUGCUCUACAAAAUCACCCGCAAAGCUGCGAGUGCCACCACGCCGAAGACACAGCGGACGCUAUACCUCAAGCUUCAAUAUAAUGUCCUCAUAGAUGAUAUCAUCAGCCUGGUCGAGCAGUCCCUCACGCAAGCUGUUCAGACAUCGCCGAUAUCAUCGUUCUCGGUUUUGCUGCUCAGCCGAGUCGUCGCCGAGGUGCAGUCCAGCCUGUCAGCCUAUGAUUUGGAGCGUGCCGCCCUCCUCGGGGAGGUUCCGACGUCAUUUAUUUCGACUCUUCUCUCCCGCCCUGUUUUCAAAGGGUUGGGAACAAUUCCUGGAGGCAGCGAGGAUGUUUCCGUGGCGCUAAAGCAGUUCCUCUGGGACUGGCAGUCAGCAAAUCCCAAGUUGGCCAUUGGGGAUAUCAAAUCAGCGACCCGUUCGAUCCUUAUCCCUGUCGACGUGCCCUCCAUUCCCGUCUUUCAUUCAGUCGACAUCCAGCUUCCUCCCCCCGACGAGCAACUCACCGGCUCCACAGUAGCCGUCAACCAACUGCUCUCUGCAAACCUGCGGCUGCGAUGGACUCGGGUCUGGGACACGGCUGUUAGCGAUGGCAAGGGCAUUAACCGGGACUAUGAAUUCAGUUACGAUGUCACCGGCCCUGGUGAUACAUGGCUCAUCGGUGGCCGGAAGCGGGGAAACUUCAAGAGCUUGGGUGUUGACAAGUCGGAUGCCAAGUUUGGCGAGUCCGAGCUUCAUGUGCCUGUUCUUAUCGUUCCACUGCGUGAGGGGAGGCUGCCGUACCCCAACGUUGAGAUUCGCGAGGUCAAGAAGGAAGAGAACGAGGAGACCGCUGGGCAUCAUGAGAUCGACUACCAGAACAUCGGGGAAACGGUGCGCGUAGUUGCCGACUUGCAGCGGGUGACGUUGAGCCUCGACGCCAGCGGCCCGAGUGGUGGCCCGCUGGUCUUAGAGAGCGAGCGGCGCGAGUUUGAACACCGCGUUCUGUUGUAG